UAUCUAGGGUAUUUAAUAUCGUUGAUACGAACACAACUACAAAAAAUAUUAAUAAUUCUUUGUCAUAGGUUUCUGUAUCAUGAGUAAUUGUUAUAAUAAAUAUACUAUAUUAUUUAUAAAUAUCACUUCAAUAUUGUGCGAAAUAUCAUUUAAAAGUAGUUCCAGUGCGAGAUCAUUAACCGCUACAUUUAAGAAAAAAAUAUUACGAGCUUGCAUUUCGAUAAUAAUGAUGUCUUUGAUGCAUGCGUUUUAUUAAGACUAUACAAUAUGCAUUAGAGGUGACUUUCAAUGUAUAUGUCGGAGGGGUGAGCGGGAUAGGCGGUUGGCCACGUGGUUCGUCUAGAUCCGCCAUCUUGGGUAUUCGAUGUUAUUUUCCGAAAAUUAAACUGUAGUCUAAAAACCAAGCUAAUGUUUAAUUUGAAUCUUCUAAUCACUUUACAAAAUCAGUUAUGAUUGCCAAUGUACAAACGGAUUGCUUUGUGAUGCGCGGAGAGUUCUCUGCUAACGUCCGUUCACUAUCGCGGCUCACGUCUGAAUGCUGAAUGCCCUUUCUAAUGAAGCAUAGCCCCUUAAAUACUACCCUUAGCAUAGACCACUCCCAAGUGAUUACAGUUGUCACUGUCAUUACGUUACGUUUCACAAGGCAAUGGUACUCUUGACUGAUGACAUUUGUUGUCGGUUUAACGUUUCGAAGGAGCGAGUGAGACACCAUCCGCCGACAUAUAAAUAAUCCUUGUAUUGUUUUUGACCCCGAGAUUAUCUUACGCAGCUCUGAGGAUAGUCCAAUGUACCUUUUGGACAGGUUUCGGCCACGAUUUUGUUCGUGUUGAUGUAUCUAGGGUAUUCAAUAUCGUUGAUUCGUAUUUAUAAAUGUUCAUAGGCAAUGGUGUCGAUUUUGCCUUGAUUCUCUUUAGUUUACUUAAAACUAAAUUUAACAUCAGUCUCUCCUUUUCGUUCUGUAUAGAGAAUGACAAGGAUACACUGUUGUCAAAUUUAAGUUUAGGUUAAGAGAAUAGGGAUGAUGAGUAAUUUUUUUUUUCUUCGUUUAUCAGAAUAUACGCUAUUCCGGUCAAGUGGACGUGAAAAUUUUUUUGUAGUAUUGAGUACCUCAUAGAAGCUUAUCGAAAAACCAGCUCGAUAUAUUUCGUGCCAAACACUUCAAGAAACAUUAGAAUGCGUCACACCGACAUUCUAAUGUAAAAAGAAAAACAGAAUAAUUUAACUUAAAACUAGGCUGAAUGGGCAUUGUUCCCUUUGCCUUCUCUGAAAAGGGAGAACUUAACCAAAAAAAAAAGUAACACGCCUAUCAAAAAUACGUCAAUAAUUCAGACAAAUACAAUGUCAAAUAAGGCAGGUUUUUUUAUGAAGCUUAUCAAUUCGUUUUCACAGAAUAAGGGAAAUUUUAUCUUGGUUAAAGUGAAGCAUUAUACAACUGGUAUAUGAAAUAGUAAACGUGAUAAUGAUCGACAGCAGACACGUGUGCAUGCUACCGAAACCAGCAAAGUUCAUGGACCCACCGCCUACUCUGGGCUGGUGCUGGCGGAUGCUAUAUAAGUUACGCGAAUGGCGUUUGCCUUGCGAAUGGCACAACGGCUCCAUGAUAUACCUCCGGAGCCAGCAGAGCGUGAAGCGCGAGCGCAAAAGGCUCGUGAGGACGAGCCAUUGGCCAGUACUGCACCCUUACAGUCCCGCCAAACACUACUGGGACUGCACUGCUAUGCUCGUUGGGUUCUUCUCACUUAUCUACAUACCGAUGGAAGUGUUCAAGCCAUGUCCGACUCCAUUCAACUACAUGAUCCUUAUGGCGGACGCGAUCGCCUUCCUAGACAUUGUCAUCAAGUUCAUGACCGGCAACGAGCGGGACGGAAACAAAGUCAUCAUAGACCCCAAAGAGAUCGCCAGACGAUACCUGCGCGACACCUUCAUACUAGAUUUGAUAUCUACCAUCCCUUUCCAAUUCAUAGAGUUCUACAUAGGCUGUCGCUUUCCAACAUUCACGACGUGGUACAUCCUCAAACUCUUCAAACUAAUAGCUAUCGGGAGAGCAUGGAAGAAUGUGUCUCACCAAAUCCAAAUGUCUUACAUCACUACAAGCGCAUUGGUAACUCUCGUGCGACUCGGCCUCUUCAUACACUGGAUGGCCUAUAGCUACUACCAGAUACCAAUACUUUUUGUACACUUCUACGGCUUUAAAGGCAGAGCGAAAUAUUGGAUAGACCGCUUCAAUAUUGGAGAGCUGUACGACGCUUCGAUCGCCACCAAGUAUUCGACGAGCCUGUUCUACGUUUGCGGGCUGAUUAUUGGUGCGGGGAGGCCUGAUUCUGCAAACUACUAUUUACCAGGGGAGCAGAUCAUGAGCUCGGUGAUCGGUUUACUAGGUCUCUUGUUUAUAGUCUACGUUGGCUCGACUUUUCUUCGACUAAUGGCAUACAGUCGAUUCGAUAUGUUUUUGUACGACGGACGUCUGAAAGAACUCCAGAACUACAUGGUGUUCAAACAUCUGCCGAACAGCUUGAGGCGCAAGAUCGAGUUGUUCAUCAAAUACAAGUUUUAUGGGCACUUCUUUAACGAAGCUGAUAUCGUAAACACGAUAAAUGAACAGAUCAAACAGGACAUUAAUAUGCACUGUUGUAAGCGUCUGGUGAUGAACGUACCUCUGUUUCAAGAUAUGCCUAUGGCGCUUGUCAAUUCGAUCAUUUUCAAGCUGGUUCAAGUCGUAUAUAUGCCGGGAGAGACUGUAAUGAAAUGCGAUCAACCUGGAAGUUCCAUAUAUUUGAUAUAUUCUGGUACUGUUGCUUUAUUCAACGCAGCGGGACGAGAGAUCACCCAUCUCCGCGACGGAACACAUUUCGGUGAGGCUGCGCUUCUCAAUCCAGGAUCAAAGCAUCUAUCGACCGCUGUAGCACUCGAAAUUACGGAAAUAUUCAAGCGUCCUUGCAGCCGUAUCCGCAUCUCAAGCGACGCAUCGACAGCUCUGCGGUAUCCCAGCAUCGCCCACGCAAUACUUUCUCACUUAACUAUUAGCUCAAUAGGAACGCUCACACCUAAAGAAAGUAUACUAACUACUCACCCCGAGUCGUACAACAGGGGGCCAAACGCCUAG